AUGUGGGGCUCGGGGCCCCGGGGUGCGGGACGCCGGCGGCCCCCCAGCACCCCUGCGUCCCUGGCCAGCUGCUCCUCCGCACCUCGAAGGGCGCCCCUCUGGACCUGCGUUUUCCUGUGCGCCGCGCUCCGGACCCUCCUGGCCAGCCCCAGUAACGAAGUGAAUUUGUUGGAUUCACGGACUGUCAUGGGGGACUUGGGAUGGAUUGCUUUUCCAAAAAAUGGGUGGGAAGAGAUUGGUGAAGUUGAUGAAAAUUAUGCCCCUAUCCAUACAUACCAAGUAUGCAAAGUUAUGGAACAGAACCAGAAUAACUGGCUUUUGACCAGUUGGAUCUCCAACGAAGGUGCUUCCAGAAUCUUCAUAGAACUCAAAUUUACUCUGCGGGACUGCAACAGUCUUCCUGGAGGACUGGGGACCUGCAAGGAGACUUUCAACAUGUAUUACUUUGAGUCAGAUAACGAGAAUGGGAGAAACAUCAAGGAAAACCAGUACAUCAAAAUUGAUACCAUUGCUGCCGAUGAAAGCUUUACAGAACUUGAUCUUGGUGACCGUGUCAUGAAACUAAAUACAGAGGUCAGAGAUGUAGGACCUCUAAGCAAAAAGGGAUUUUAUCUUGCUUUUCAAGAUGUGGGUGCUUGCAUUGCUCUUGUUUCAGUGCGAGUGUACUAUAAAAAAUGCCCUUCUGUGGUACGACAUUUAGCUGUCUUCCCUGACACAAUUACUGGAGCUGAUUCUUCACAGUUACUUGAAGUGGCCGGCUCCUGUGUCAACCACUCUGUGACAGACGAACCACCCAAAAUGCACUGCAGCGCUGAAGGGGAGUGGCUGGUACCCAUUGGGAAAUGCAUGUGCAAGGCAGGAUAUGAAGAGAAAAACGGCACCUGUCAAGUGUGCAGACCUGGGUUCUUCAAAGCCUCACCUCACAGCCAGAGCUGCAGCAAAUGUCCACCUCACAGUUACACCCAUGAGGAAGCUUCAACCUCUUGUGUCUGUGAAAAGGAUUAUUUCAGGAGGGAGUCUGAUCCACCCACAAUGGCAUGCACAAGACCCCCCUCAGCUCCUCGGAAUGCCAUCUCAAAUGUUAAUGAAACUAGUGUCUUUCUGGAAUGGAUUCCUCCUGCUGACACUGGUGGAAGGAAAGAUGUGUCAUAUUAUAUUGCAUGCAAGAAGUGCAACUCCCAUGCAGGUGUGUGUGACGAGUGUGGCGGUCAUGUCAGGUACCUCCCCCAGCAAAUCGGCCUGAAAAACACCUCUGUCAUGGUGGUGGAUCUGCUCGCUCACACAAACUAUACCUUUGAGAUUGAGGCAGUGAAUGGAGUGUCCGACUUGAGCCCAGGAGCCCGGCAGUAUGUGUCUGUAAAUGUAACCACAAAUCAAGCAGCCCCCUCUCCAGUCACCAAUGUGAAAAAGGGGAAGAUUGCUAAGAACAGCAUCUCCUUGUCUUGGCAAGAGCCAGACCGUCCCAAUGGAAUCAUCCUGGAGUAUGAAAUCAAAUAUUUCGAAAAGGACCAAGAGACCAGCUAUACAAUUAUCAAAUCUAAAGAGACAUCUAUAACUGCAGAAGGCUUGAAACCAGCUUCGGUGUAUGUCUUCCAAAUUCGAGCACGCACGGCAGCAGGCUAUGGUGUCUUCAGUCGAAGAUUUGAGUUUGAAACCAUCCCAGUGUUUGCAGCAUCCAGCGAUCAAAGCCAGAUUCCUAUAAUUGCUGUGUCUGUGACAGUGGGAGUCAUUUUGUUGGCAGUGGUUAUCGGCUUCCUCCUCAGUGGAAGUUGCUGCGAUUGUGGCUGUGGAAGGGCUUCUUCCCUGUGCGCUGUUGCCCAUCCAAGCCUAAUAUGGCGGUGUGGUUACAGCAAAGCCAAACAAGACCCGGAAGAGGAAAAGAUGCAUUUUCAUAAUGGGCACAUUAAACUGCCAGGAGUAAGAACUUAUAUUGAUCCACAUACCUAUGAGGACCCCAAUCAAGCUGUCCAUGAAUUUGCCAAGGAGAUAGAAGCUUCAUGCAUCACCAUUGAAAGAGUUAUUGGAGCAGGUGAAUUUGGUGAAGUUUGUAGUGGACGUUUGAAACUUCCAGGAAAGAGAGAAUUACCUGUGGCGAUUAAAACCCUUAAAGUAGGCUAUACUGAGAAACAGCGCAGAGAUUUCCUAGGGGAAGCAAGUAUCAUGGGACAGUUUGACCAUCCUAACAUCAUCCACUUAGAGGGUGUCGUGACCAAAAGUAAACCGGUGAUGAUCGUUACAGAGUACAUGGAAAAUGGCUCUUUAGAUACAUUUUUAAAGAAAAAUGAUGGGCAGUUCACUGUGAUCCAGCUGGUUGGCAUGCUGAGAGGCAUUGCUGCAGGAAUGAAAUACCUUUCCGACAUGGGCUACGUGCAUAGAGACCUUGCUGCCAGAAACAUCUUAAUCAACAGUAACCUUGUGUGCAAAGUGUCUGACUUUGGGCUUUCCAGGGUACUGGAAGAUGAUCCUGAGGCAGCCUAUACCACAAGGGGAGGCAAAAUUCCAAUCAGAUGGACUGCCCCAGAAGCUAUAGCUUUCCGAAAGUUUACUUCUGCGAGUGAUGUCUGGAGCUAUGGAAUCGUGAUGUGGGAGGUUGUAUCUUAUGGAGAAAGACCCUACUGGGAAAUGACCAACCAAGAUGUGAUUAAAGCCGUAGAGGAAGGCUACCGUCUGCCAAGCCCCAUGGACUGCCCUGCUGCUCUUUACCAAUUAAUGCUGGAUUGCUGGCAGAAAGAUCGAAAUAGCAGGCCCAAGUUCGAAGAAAUUGUCAACAUGUUGGACAAGCUGAUCCGUAACCCAAGUAGCUUGAAGACACUGGUUAAUGCAUCAAGCAGAGUAUCUAAUUUAUUGUCAGAACAUGGCUCACUGGGAUCUGGGGCCUACAGAUCAGUAGGUGAAUGGCUAGAAGCAAUCAAAAUGGGCCGAUAUACAGAGAUUUUCAUGGAAAAUGGAUACAGUUCAAUGGACGCUGUGGCUCAGGUGACCUUGGAGGAUUUGAGACGGCUUGGAGUGACUCUUGUUGGUCACCAGAAGAAGAUUAUGAACAGCCUUCAAGAAAUGAAGGUGCAGCUGGUCAACGGGAUGGUGCCAUUGUAA